AUGGUGACUAUUAGGGGAUGGGGAUUAUCCCUGCAUUUCAGAACCACUCACACUUAUCAGCCCAUUCAGGGAGCCUUUGAGGAAUCCCACCCAAGAGAGGUUCAAUGCCAGGCAUUCUCGGGCCAGGAGUGUGGUGGAGAGGGCAUUUGGAGUACUGAAAACCAGGUAGCGUUCCAUAUUUCUCAAGGCCCUGGAGGUGAUGUUGACUUCGUUUCGGAGGUCAUUGUAGACUGCCUUUUCCUCCACAACCUCUGCCUCGGGCACAGGGACAUUUUGGAGCCAGAGGACGGUGAAGAGGUUGAUGGGGAUGAUAACUGUCUGGCAGCUCAUGACCUGGCCCAACAGACUGGUGAUGCCUUCAGGGAUCGGAUGGCAGCAGCAAUAUCAGUUCCUGAGGAGCAGAUCCCUGCUCUGAGGGAGCAUGAUUAUUAA